GAGAGAGAGAGAGAGAGAGAGAGAGAGCGUCGAAGAAAUCUGGUCAGAGAGACUCAGAGGAGAGAGAAAGGUGGGGGAGAGAGAGAUCGCCGGAGAAAACCAUGGGGAGGAGAAGAUCCGCCGGAAUGGCGGCGGCGGAACGGCCGGAGUGGCUGCCGGAGGGGUGGACGGCGAAGGUCGCCGCCGCCGAUGGCGGCGCCGAGGGUUUGGUUUAUACUUGUUUAGUGUCUGGUUGCAAGUUUAGUUCAAAAGAGGAGGUUAUGAACUAUCUCAGGAAUGAGAAAAAUGCUGAUCAUGUCUCCAGGUCAACAUCUUGUGGAGAUACGAACAAUGAUUCUCUUGAUUGGCUACCACCUGGUUGGAUUAUCGAAUUCAAGACCCGAAAGGAAGGUGCAACCUCAGGGCGACAAGAUAAGAUUUUCAUUGAUCCAUUGACUAAAGCAAAAUUCUACUCCAAAAGGCAAGUAUGCCUUUAUCUACAAAGUGUGAAUUCAUGCAGCCCCACAAGCAAGAAGGAUGUUAAUGUGGACUCUGGUAACAAUGCUUCUACACUGACUAACCGGAAGAGCCGCGUCAACACUAGAUCCUUUAACAAUAGUGUGAAUUCAUGCGGCCCCACUACUAAGAAGGAUGUAAUUGUAGAUUCUGAUGGCACUGCUUCUACACUGACUAAUCAACAGAGAAUAGUAGAUGCGAAAUCCACUGACAAUAAUGGGAGUUCUUGCAGUCCCACAAGCAAGAAUGUAUUUAUGAACUCUAAUGACAAUGCUUUAAUUCUGAAUAAUCAACACGGCAAUGUAGGAGCUCAAACUGAAAGUACUGUAAAUGAGUUGCCUCCUGGGUGGAUCAAAGAAGUAAGAUACAGAAAGAAUGGACGCGGAAAAGACCCGUACUACAUUGAUCCAGUAAGUGGAUAUGAAUUCCGUUCGCUGAAGGAUGCUUUUUGCUAUCUUAGUUGUGGAGAUGUUAAUGAAUGUGCCACAAAGCCAAGAAAAAGAAGUAUCAACGACACUUAUGCGUUCAGAAAGGAAUCUCAUAAUCGGAGUUCAUGCAGUCCUGCAACCAAGAAUGUAAUUGCGAAUUCUGAUGACAAUGCUUCGACUCUGACUAAUCAACAGAGAAAAGUUGAUUUGAAAUCCACAGAUGAUGUGGGAGCUGAAACUGAAAGCUCUGUAAAUGGGCUGCCUCCUGGAUGGAUCAAAGAAGUAAGACACAGAAAGAAAGGACAUGGAAAAGACCCGUAUUACAUUGAUCCAGUAAGUGGAUAUGAAUUCCGUUCGCUGAAGGAUGCCUAUCGCUAUCUUAGUUGUGGAGAUGUUAAUAAAUGUGCCAUGAAGCCAAGGAAAAGAAGCAUUAACGAUGCUGAUUCAUUUGGAAAGGAAUCUCCUAAUGGGAGUUCAUGCAGUCCCACAACAAAGAAUGUAAUUGUGAACUCUGAUGACCAUACUUCGACUCUGACUAAUCAGCAGAGGACAGUCGAUUCAAAAUCCACUGACAAUGUGGGAGCUGAAAUUGGAAGUUCUGUAAAUGGGCUGCCUCCUGGAUGGAUCAAAGAAGUAAGAUGCAGAAAGACAGGACAUGGAAAAGACCCGUAUUACAUUGAUCCAGUAAGUGGAUAUGAAUUCCGUUCGCUGAAGGAUGCCUAUCGCUAUCUUAGUUGUGGAGAUGUUAAUAAAUGUGCCAUGAAGCCAAGGAAAAGAAGCAUUAACGACACUUAUACGUUUGGAAAGGAAUCUCACCCUUAUACUGCAGAAAGCAAGUUGAAAUCACAACGAACAGCAGCAAAGCGAUGCCUCUUCUCAGAAGAGACCCCUGGCCCAGAAGUGAAGGUGCCAAGAGCUAAAGAUGAUUCCGCAAAAGGUUCAGAACAACUACAAAUGGAGCUGAAACCUAUGGAAUUAGAGGAUGAAACUAAACCUAACAAACGUGGAAAGGGGCGGAAAAGAAGAGGUCGUUUCAAGAAAAGUACAUCUAUGUCGGAGGGUGACUCGCAUCUUGACAAGCGUGCUAGUGAGCGUCAGCCUAGCUCAAAGAAAAGGAAAGGGUUGAAAGCAAUCACCAUGCCACUCCGAGCAUCCAAACGGUUGGCUGCUCUUCGAGAUGAACAAGUAGCAACUGCUUCUGUUGUUGAGACAAACCUUUCUGAUCAGCUUCAGGAGAAUCUAGCCAAGGAAAAUGUUCGAAGCGAAGCACCAAGUAAUGUUGACUCCGAGCAUUCGGAAAAGCUCAAAAGCAAGGAACCUCUUGGUGACCAAGCCAGUCCUGGAAAGCAGGUUGAAUCUAGUGGGGUGAUUACUGAUAAGGCUGACCCUGAACCACCUCUUUCAUCACUGUUUGCAGAUCCAUUACUCGACCCGUGCAUCGAGUUUGCGCUCAAAACACUUACAGCUGAUAUUCCUGAUAUUCCAGCGUCAGAUAAUAAUGCAACUUUUGAAGGCUUUUUUCAUCAGCAUCUGAGCCCUAACAAGGGCCCCGACACAAACUGUACUGUUUCGCCUUCCACAACUUCAACCAAGCUGGGCAUGUAGGCUGAUGUUGAAGGUCAAGAAUAAACCAGCAGAUUAUCUUAGGUAGUAGUACCAAGAGAAAAACAAAAACACAUGUUUAUAUGGCGCAGUUCCCCCGAUUUUGGAAAACUAUUCUCUCCAUUUAUAGCCUUUUGAUGAGGCUCUUUAAUGUUGUGUAAUCUGGAGGUCUUUUGUACCAAUAGCAGUGAGUAGCUGGCCUAUUCACCUUGCUUAUCUGGGGUCAGUCUGAUCUCCCUACCCCAAGAGGGAAACUGUGCGUAUCUACUUAAAAUGUCCGCAAGGGAAACUCUGCUUAUCUACUUAAAAUUUACCUUACUAUGAUGUAAACCUAAACAGUGUGAAGUUUGUGUGUUCUCAUCACUAUGUUUGUAAUGGUCAGGUUUAAUCUUUUGCCGUGU